AUGGAGCUCCCUGACUUGGGGAAGCACUGUUCAGAAGAGACCUGCAAGCAGCUAGAUUUUCUCCCAUUGAAAUGUGAUGUAUGUAAGCAAUAUUUCUGUAAAGAUCAUUUUACCUGCGCUGCACAUAAAUGUCCCUUUGCAUACAAGAAGGAUACUCAGGUCCCGGUGUGCCCGCUUUGUAGCCGCCCAAUCCCAGUGAAGAAGGGGGAGAUACCGGAUGUGGUGGUUGGUGAGCACAUGGAUGGAGAUUGUAGAGGCCGUCCCGGGAAGAAGGAGAAGGUUUUCACCUUCCGGUGCUCGAAAAAGGGCUGUAAGAAGAAAGAGAUGCUGCCCGUGGCUUGUGACCAGUGCCAUGGCAACUUCUGCUUACAGCACAGACAUCCUCUGGAUCAUAGCUGCACACACGUGAGCAGAGCCGUCGGCAUCGCAGGGUGA